AUGCUGUCCCAUCUUCGAUUCCGGCGAGGACCGUCAAACCCGACCUCACCGGUUCCAGACCAACCAUCCUCGACACUGCCCCUUAACGCGGCAUCGACUCCAUACCACGACGGUGUAUCAGCAUCUGAUGCGCAGUUUUCUGGCCCGAAUCAUAUGCACCAAGCCUCAUCGAAUUCACAGAAUACAUAUCAGUCCUCCCAUGGCCGACGACGAGCAUCCGAUGACACCUUUGCUAAUCAAGAGCUUCCCACCGACUAUGUACCUGUUCAGCCUCAUCGCUCAGCUUACAAUGCUGCUGGAUCUGGAUUUAUCGGAGGUGUUGCUCUCGAAAACUACCGCAGAGGUCUGAAAGCAGCACAAUCCACGACUGCUAGUGAUGGACAGACACCACCACCGCAGCCCGACUAUCGCCAACGACCAACUCCUAUCCCCAACCUCGCCUCUCUACCGCCUCCACCAUCACAGCCUUACUCACAGACUGUCGCUUCCCUCCCAAGUCCGGCGACAAAGCCUUCCAUUUCUGCGCCCAUUUCGUCCCGAUGGUCACCUUCAGCACAGAACAACGCCCCCGAACCCGGUCCAUCAGCUGCGGCCCUGCCGAUGGAGCCUCACCGCGCCAAAAAGGGCCUUCCGUUUCUAAAAAAUCCCAUGUCGACUUUAUUGGCGCGAAGAAAAGGGCAGAGCUCGCAACAAGAGACACUGCAGCAGCCUUUGAGAGUACAGACUGAGACAUUGUACGACCCAAGCAUUAAAGGUACAAGAGUACAUGACUUUGGAGCACCUCGAACUAGCAGCACAACGCCUCGUCUAGAUUCUACUGCAAAGCUAUCACAAGUUCCGGCUAAUAGCCAAGUUUAUGAACCACGGGGCAUCUCAAAUAACGCUGUUCUACAGACAGAUAGUGGAUCUAGUCAGGCGCCGUCUGCUGAGGAACCUAGUACUGGUCUGAAUAAUCAAAACACGUCAACCACAAUUCCAACCACUCAGCAUAUACGAUACGAUGCGCUGCCAAUCCAUGAAGAAGACGAAACAACUGGCCAUGUCAGCCUUGGCUCCACUGAUUCGAUUAAUACUUCCAAGAGUUCAAAGAUUAGAAGAUCAAGAAACGUGUCUUUGUCUACUAUACCGAAACAUAUGAAGAGUACUUCGUCCCGGUUCAGUUUUGUUGUCGGUCCGACGGGCCAGGAAAAGAUUAUGGAAGAGAAACAUCGUCAGCGAGAAAUAGAGAAGCAAGAAACUAGCGAUGGCUUCCGCCCUGACUCGCGGUAUGACGAAUUCGAUGAUGAUUUUGAUUAUGAUGCCAUGAUGGACGACGACGGGUUGGAAGAGCGCAUACCGGGAGUCAACGCAUCGGACGAUGAAGAUGACGGGUUUGGUCUGCAAGACCAAUAUCUUGAUGAGCCAACCUACGACGAGAAAGGCUUCUCUCAGGCAACAGGACAGCAAGACAGCCAUGAGCAAAGCAUGCUAUCCCAGUUUGUCUUCCAGCAGUCCAAUCCUACUUCUCUGCAUCCAAGCCCUCAAGUAAAUGACGGUCUUCUACCCACUCCCAGGGAUGCCAAUGGCAAUAUCAUUGGAUCAGCACUUACCAAGGAUACACCGACAACCGAGACAUUCCCACCGUCUGCACAAACAGAUGUUAUUGCUCAGGAUGAUGCGUUAGUCACCAAAAUUUCUGGGCUAGGCAUUGACAACCACGGUACGCCCAUGACAGACACCAGCGCAGCACCUGCUGCCCUUCAGCCUCCUCCAGCCUCGCAGUAUAGAGAUGACGACAUGUAUUACGACGAUGGACUACUUGGCUACGAAGACGAAUUCGCAGAGGACCUGGCAGCGGAACCAGAAUACGACUCUGUACCGUUUGAUGAGUCCAUUUUCGAUUUGGAUGAUACAGACGAAUAUGGAAGACCUCUUCCUGGAGCAUUUGCAAAGGCACAAUCGCUUCGGCGCGAAGCUCACACGGCUGCCGCCAAUAGGGAAUCUGACUUGACAUCAGGCGUCUCAGCACACUCGGCCAUUUCGCAGUCUACAGCGCACACGUCGAUUAGCGAUAGAGAUACUAUAGCUCCGUCUAGUCUCCCGCAAAAUAAUGGACAAAACCAGAUAGUGUCUGCCCUUGGCGGCAGCAAACAAACGGGUACGCAAGAUCCCAUGGCGGUGUAUCAAGCUGCCCUUGCGGCGGCGGCUUAUGAGGCCGCCGCGUCGGGUAAGUUCUGUCGAGCUGGGUCUCCAGAGCUGCCUGGUGCUGAGGUUGGGCAUUUUGAAACGCCCACUGAUGACUAUAAUGACGAUGAUUUUGGAUAUGAGAACAUGGACGAGUUUGAAUUAGAUGAUGACGCAAUAAUUGCAGAAGCCAAUGCGACAGCUCUUGCCAAUGAUUCCGAUGGCUGGUAUGGACAAGAGUUUGGGUUUUACUCAUCGCCACACAGAAACGCAACACAGAAGACCGCGGAGAUGGGCGGGUUCUUUGGACCAAAAGGACUUCCUGAUCUUGCUCGUUCUGCUAGCGGAAGGUUGAUAUCGCGCGAGCCAAACUUGACGCCUAUUACCGAACGCUCCGAAUACUCUAACCGUAAUUCGAUCAUGAGUAUGGGUCUUCCAGGAUUCCAAGCCGGUACACCUACUCUUCAAAGCCCGGGCCUUGCCCAACUUGCUAUGUUGGCAGAGUACGGGGACGAAGACAUGUCACUUUCUGCUCUGAUGCGUUUACGAUCCAAGGCUUGGGGAGGCUCCCAGGCCAGCCUUGCAUCCAGUAAGGAAGGUUCACCGCAGUCUGAACGUGGCGAGCUGCCAUCUAGCCCAUGGGGUAUAUCUCAACCCCCCACAGCUGGGGGAAUGCAUGGAAGUGGCCAUAUGCGACAGAAUUCUAAUUUCUCAGCCGAAAGUCGCGACUCAGACGUUGGAUCAUCUCCAUCGAGCUCCAAUAUGGGCAUGUCACAAACUAUGCACAACUCCAAUUAUAUGAACCUACAAGCAGCGAGGCAGCCGGGCAACCCGCUCCGUGGAAACUCAGCUCCAGCUGCGUACAGACCGGGCGAAUCCAGAUUAGCGCAGUCUAGUGUACCAGAGGACGAGAUUGUAGAGUCCGCUCCGGGCUCAGCGAUGCCAGGACGCAACUCGAACGAAUGGGCAUGGGGUCAAGAAGGGAUGAUGCCAAGUGCUGGCACAAUACCGACAUCUAAGCAUGGCAAAGGCCAUAGACGACAUAAUAGCUCGGCCGAUAGCAUAUCCUAUAUCAUGGAGGAAGAAGAGGGUGGCGAAACUCGCUGGGUCAUGGAGCGCCGCCGCAUUAGCUCCAAUGGGCAGCUUGAGAUUUUAGAACGAGAAGUGUUGGACAAGGGUCGUAUAUAG